AUGCAGUUCCUUGAACAAAACCAUUUGCCUUCCGAUUCUCAGCAUGGAUUCCGAAAAGGCAGAUCCUGUGUGACAAACCUGCUCUACUGUCUGGAACACUGGACUAGGGCUGUUGAUAGAGGAGAUAUGGUGCAUGCUAUCUAUAUCGACUUUAAAAAGGCCUUCGAUAGUGUGCCUCACCACCGCCUUCUAUACAAACUUAGCCGUACAGGAGUGCGGGGUAAGCUUCUGAUGUGGAUUCUUAGCUUUUUAAUCGGCCGCUCUCAAGCCGUCCACGUCGGUGUCCAACAGUCUGCCGAGGUUGUCGUUAAGGGUGGUGUUCCCCAAGGCUCUGUUCUUGGCCCUACGCUGUUCCUUGUAUACGUCAAUGACUGCGCAAACGAACUGAAUUGCGAUGUCGCAAUGUUUGCCGACGACAUAAAGAUCUGGAGUACCAUACGAAGCGAAGUUGACGAGGCGCGACUGCAGACAAGUCUGGACCACCUCGAGCAAUGGUCGAAAGACUGGCUUCUACCGUUCAACGUAAACAAGUGUACUUUCCUACCCGUCGGCAGAACCAGUUCUCCUAACCACACGGUCUACCGUCUGACUGGCAAACCACUGCAAGAAGUCGACGCCCAGAAGGACUUGGGUGUAUGGAUCACAACCUCGCUUAAGCCUUCGCUGCAAUGUUCAAAGGUGGCCAAGUCGGCGAUGUCCAUGCUAUACCUUGUCAAACGGGCGUUCUCCUCCUUUGAUGAAGACUGCUUCGCCAAGGUCUUUCAAACUUUUGUGCGACCGCAUCUGGAGUUUGCUAUCCAAGCAUGGCGACCCUGGACCGCUAAAGACUUGGGCAUACUCGAAAAAGUUCAACGGCGAGCAACGAAACUUGUAUCUGGGCAGUGGUCACUACCCUACGAAACACGAUUAGCUAAUCUUGACCUCUUUCCUUUGAGUUACAGACAGCUACGUGGGGACCUGAUACAAGUUUUCCGCAUCGUGCGCAAUCAGGGCUGCUGCCUCGCGUUUGGAGACUUCUUCGAGUUGGCGACUACGACUAACCUGAGAGGCCAUCCACUCAAACUGCGUGUGGCUGGUGUCCGGCUAGACACCCGAAAGUUCUUCUUCUCCAACAGAGUGGUUGCAGCUUGGAAUGCCUUGCCUGAGGAUCUUGUUAUGUCAGGCUCGGUAGAUACUUUUAAAUGGAGACUAAAUCAGCAUUGUAGCGCGCACCACAAUAACGCCGGACUACUGCCACCUUGA